AUGGCUCCAAACGUCAAGCCUGCGAUUGUGCUAGUCCAUGGGGCCUGGCACGUGCCCGAGCACUACAGCGACUUCAUCCAGCAACUGCAACAAGCUGGCUUCGAGGUGGUCUGCCCCCGACUACCAACAUGCGACGAAACAAAACGCCUCACCGCAGAUUUGUUUAGCGAUGCACGGGUGGUGCGAAGCCAUGUCAAUUCCUUGAUUGAUAAGUCACGCGAAGUCAUUAUGCUUCUUCAUUCCUUAUGGGCCCAAGCGACUGCUCUAGGGUCCCAGGAUCCAGUGCAAAUACGAUCGAAGUUCGAGGUCCACCUGUCUCCCUACUAUCGCAUAUCGCAUAUCGCAUAUAUAUCGCAUAAUGAUAAAACGGCUGAUCAAAUAGCCAUCACCGCUAUGGCCUUAUAA